UGGCAGCGCCCGGGCUCGGGGCGUUCGCCGAUGCGGCCCUGCCCGGCCCCAUGGGGGAGCCGGGCUAAGCCGGGCCCUGCCGAGCCGCGCUCAGCCACGCCGAGCUCAAACGCUGCGAGCCGAGCCGAGCCGUGCUGAGCUGAGUCCGGGUGAGCCCGGCCGUGCCAAACCGCACCGAGCUGAAGUGAGCCGGGCACAGGCACGGCCGGUCCGGGGGAACUGAGCCGAGCCGGGCUGAGGCGAGCCGAGCUGAGCCAAACCGAGCCGGGCUGAGCCAAACCGAGCCGAGCUGAGCCAAACCGAGCCGGGCUGAGCCAAACCGAGCCGGGCUGAGCCAAACCGAGCCGGGCUGCGCCAAACCGAGCCGGGCUGAGCCAAACCGAGCCGAGCUGAGCCAAACCGAGCCGGGCUGAGCCAAACCGAGCCGGGCUGAGCCAAACCGAGCCGUGCUGAGCCAAACCGAGCCGGGCUGAGCCGUGCUGAGCCAAACCGAGUCGGGCUGAGCCAAACCGAGCCGGGCUGAGCCAAACCGAGCCGAGCCAUGCUGAGCUGAGCCGGCUGAGCCAAACCAUGCCGAGCUGAGCUGAGCCGUGCCAGAGCAGCCCAGCCGUGCCGUGCCGUGCCGAGCCCGGCUAAGCCGAGCCUAGCGGAGCGGGUGCGCGCGGGCCGGCGCUUCCUGCGGAGCUGUCCAGCCUCUCCAGCCUCUCCAGCCUCUCCAGCCUCUCCAGCCGUUCUCUCCCGCCGCUCCAUCCCGCAGCCCGAGCCCGCCAUGCGGGAGCGAUGAGCGCAGCCGCCGCCCGGCCAUGGAGGAGGAUUUGUUCCAGCUGAAGCAGCUGCCGGUGGUGAAGUUCCGCCGCACGGGGGAGAGCUCGAGGUCGGAGGAGGAUGGAAUUUCGGGAGAGCACGAGGUGCAGAUCGAGGGGGUGAGGACGGAGCUGGAGCCCGUGGAGCUGGGGGAUGGAGCUGCAGUGCCCAAGGAAUUCGCCAACCCCACGGAUGAUACUUUCAUGGUGGAGGAUGCAGUGGAAGCCAUUGGAUUUGGGAAGUUCCAGUGGAAGCUCUCUGUCAUUACUGGAUUGGCAUGGAUGGCAGAUGCCAUGGAAAUGAUGAUUUUAAGUAUCCUUGCUCCUCAGCUGCACUGUGAGUGGCGCUUACCCAGCUGGCAGGUUGCAUUGCUCACCUCGGUGGUGUUUGUGGGAAUGAUGUCCAGCUCCACACUCUGGGGAAACAUUUCAGACCAGUAUGGGAGGAAAACAGGCCUGAAGAUCAGCGUGUUGUGGACUCUCUACUAUGGGAUCCUCAGUGGAUUUGCUCCCAUUUACAGCUGGAUCCUGGUGCUGAGGGGCCUGGUGGGCUUUGGGAUUGGAGGAGUGCCUCAGUCGGUAACAUUAUAUGCUGAGUUCCUUCCAAUGAAAGCUAGAGCAAAAUGCAUUUUAUUAAUAGAGGUGUUCUGGGCCCUUGGGACUGUUUUUGAAGUGCUGCUGGCAGUGGUGGUGAUGCCCACGCUCGGCUGGCGCUGGCUCCUCAUCCUCUCUGCCCUCCCACUCCUGCUCUUUGCUGGCCUGUGUUUUUGGCUGCCAGAAAGUGCCAGGUAUGAUGUGUUAUCUGGGAACCAGGAGAAAGCUCUGGCCACUUUGAAGAGGAUUGCCACAGAAAAUGGAGCUCCAAUGCCCCUGGGAAAGCUGGUGGUUUCCAGACAGGAGGACCGAGGCAAGAUGAGGGAUCUUUUCACCCCCCAUUUCCGCUGGACCACCUUGUUGCUCUGGUUUAUUUGGUUUUCCAAUGCUUUUUCAUAUUAUGGGUUAGUUUUAUUAACUACAGAGCUCUUCCAAGCAGGAGAUGUUUGCAGCAUAUCCAGCAGAAGGCAGGAAGUAAAAGCCAAGUGCAGCCUGACCUGUGAGUACCUGACAGAGGAAGAUUACACUGACCUGCUCUGGACAACCCUGUCAGAAUUCCCUGGGGUGUUGGUGACCCUGUGGAUCAUCGACCGCAUCGGCCGCAAGAAAACCAUGGCCCUGUCCUUCCUUGUCUUCUCCUUUUGCAGCCUCCUGCUCUUUCUCUGUGUUGGAAGAAAUGUUCUUACUGUGCUGCUCUUCAUUGCAAGAGCUUUUAUUUCAGGAGGAUUUCAGGCUGCCUAUGUUUACACUCCUGAGGUUUAUCCCACAGCCACACGUGCUUUGGGCCUGGGAACGUGCAGUGGAAUGGCCAGAGUGGGAGCCCUCAUAACCCCGUUCAUUGCACAGGUGAUGUUGGAAUCUUCAGUCUAUCUGACUCUGCUGGUUUACAGUGGCUGCUGCCUGCUGGCUGCCCUGGCCUCCUGCUUCCUGCCCAUCGAGACCAAGGGCCGUGGCCUGCAGGAGUCCAGCCACAAGGAAUGGGGCCAGGAGAUGGUGGGCAGAGGAUCUCAUUCCCCAGGAGAAUCCCAGGAAUGAUGGGACAUGGAAA